ACUAGUUAAGAAUACCAGAUUUCCUAUGUAGCUUAAUCAAAAUCGUUAUCCCGUUUCUCAUCGGUCAUGAGGGAUGUAAAAUAUGCCACAUUAUAUGGACUCUGAAACGCUGUGUUUAAAAAGCGCAAAUCAAUCUGAUGUGCGCCCGCGCAGCCUGGUCCUGGGGACAAGGUUACAAAAAUUCCCAAAUGCUGCGAACGCGCUUAAAUUGUAUAAACCAUCAGUAGUCCUCUAGCACAACAUUUAAAAAAACGUGUGUUUGUCUUCUGCGUGUCUUCUAUUGGGACAGUAGGGGAUAUUCGGGGGCGCAUUGCACACGGAGCUGCCCGCUAUCCAUCAUAAACCCUUAUUUUUGAGAACAGUUGUGAAUUGACUGCAAGAAACUCCCCGGGGCCAGGGAUUUCAUAGUAGCCUACCGCGAUUGUGGAUUUUGUGACAUUGACAUACAAUGACAACUUCCACCCGUACAAAGACAGAUCAUUUGGAUUCCACUGAUCCCCAGGUUCUGGACUAUUUGCUGGUUCCUCACCGGAACUUCAACCUGAUCAAUGGGGUCCACUCUCCCGACGAGGUCGACCAGAUCCAGAACUGGGAGAUCCGAGACACCGACAUAUUCGUUGUCACUUAUCCCAAGUCAGGGACGAUCUGGAUGCAGCAGAUUCUGACUCUGAUAGAAGCCAAAGGUGAUGUCACUCCAAACACAGAGCAUCUCAACGCGCAGCGCGUCCCAUGGAUCGAGCUGAUUGGCAGUGAGAAGGAGUUUAACGCCACCCCUUCCCCCAGGCUACGGGUCACCCACCUGCAGUACAAGUUCAUGCCGCUCGCCGUCAGACAAAAGAGGGGAAAGGUGAUCUAUGUGGCCAGAAACCCUAAGGAUGUUCUCGUGUCCUAUUACCACUUCCACAAAUAUGCAGCCAUGCUGGAGACACCGAAGGACUUCAAUGAUUUCUUUGAGAAAUUCAUGGAAGGGAAAGUUUUUGGGAACUGUUGGUUUGAGCACAUCAAGACGUGGUACGCUAAUAGAGACAACAUGAACUUCCUGUACAUCACAUAUGAAGAGAUGAUCAAGGACCUGCGCUCCAUGGUGGAGAGGAUGUGCAGGUUUCUAGGGAAGGAUUUGACAGAGGAACAGAUGGCCAGUGUGGUGGAACACAGCACCUUUAGAACCAUGAAACAGAACCCGCAGGCUAACUACAAGACGGUGCCCGACUCUCUACUUGAUCACAACAAGGGCACGUUUAUGAGGAAAGGGACCAUUGGGGACUGGAAGAACCAUUUCACUGUUGCACAGAGCGAGAGAUUUGACAGUGCCUUCCAGGAGAAGAUGUGGGACCUGCCCCUCUCCUUUGUGUGGGACAUAAAUGACGUCAAUAGUGCCACGUGAUGACAUCAUAGUCACGUUUUUCAGGGAUUUUUUAAAUCCUUGGGCGGGCCCCCUAAGUAUUUUUUGGGGGUCACCUACAGUGGGGCAAAAAAGUAUUUAGUCAGCCACCAAUUGUGCAAGUUCUCCCACGUAAAAAGAUGAGAGGCCUGUAAUUUUCAUCAUAGGUACACUUCAACAAUGACAGACAAAAUGAGAAGG